AUUCGACGCAGACCAUCGAGCGAGCCCAGGCGAGUCGGAAAGCUGCGCCAUGGCCGCCAAGAAGCCGUUCCUGUCGUUUGGCUACUUCAUCAACCGGAGCCAAGUGCUGAAGCAGUACCGGCUCUACCUGCGCGAGAUCGCGCCCUUGGCCCCGCCCGCGCGCAACGACCUGCGCAAGAGCAUCCGUGCCAAGUUCGAAGAGGCCAAGGACCUCACGGACGAGCGCCUCGUCAAGCAAGCGAUCGCGUACGGCAACUCGCAGAUGCAGCACGUCCGCGAGCUCGUCAACUCGGUCGGCCCGACAAAGCCCCAUGUCGACGCAUCGGCCAAGGCCACGUGGGUCGACACCCCCAGCGCCGCGAGUUCCGAGGACGAUGGUGCCAUGGAAGACGUGCGUGGCCGCCUCGGCGCGGGCUGGCCGUGGCAGCGCAGCUAGCAACGAUUGCACCGAUCGUACAUAUGAUAGUUCUUCUCGUUGU